CAUUGUUCUAAACAUGUACAAUUAGAAAACAAAUGGUCCGAGUGCGUGCCCCAAUAAUUUUUCCCGCCGUUUUUGAAGUCAAGAAAGUGUAUUUUUCCCGUAGAAGAUCUAGGUGAGUUAAGCUUUAUUGUUUUGUGAUUUCAUGCGCUUAUCGCCUGAUCGAGAGUCGUAAACACGCGCGAGGAGAUAUCGCUCUUUCUUUGUUCUCAAUAAGCUGGAAUGGAUUACGCAUCAGCUGCACUGAAGGAAAAGAGAGACGAGGAAACAAAGACGGAAAAACAUCGGGAGAGAUAAGCUCGUAGUUCAAAGAGACUCGUCGAGCAUUUGGGUAUAAAAGGCGACGCGUAGAUUAGGAUGGUUAAUACAGUCUCAAAUCUUAGCACUCUCAGAAUGAAAAGCGUACUCAUUGUCUGCCUGCUGGCCGUCUACCAGGUCCAAGCACAGCUGACCUGCUCGAAGCGCGACUGCAGUCCGGGCUUCUUCUGCAAGGAUGGCAGGUGCUUACCGAGAGAGACCUGCGAAGCGAUCAACUGCCGAUCCGAGACCGGCUGCACCACGACCACGAUCCUUUGCCAGCCUGGGUAUGGUUGUCAGGAAGGCAAGUGCGUCAAGAAGUUCCCUUCGAAUAUCACGUGCGACAGAGUUAGGUGCAGGUCGGGCUACGUCUGCGUGGAGCCAGCCAGGUGUGUCAAGCGGAAGCCCAUCGACGUGAGGUGCUUCACUGUCAAGUGCAGACCGGGAUACAUAUGCGUAAACGGCGUAUGCGUUCAGGGAUAACGUCGUCGCACCCAGUUGUAAAUAAACAUUCUAGUUUUUGUUAAAUAAACCUCCUUUUGCGAAGAAUGGACGAAGUUUCAUUAUGCA